AUGGCAUUUAACUCAGAAAAGGCUAUCAGACUUGAGCUGACAACUGAAAAUGCAACAGCUGCUGGAAAUACAACGAAUACACGUCCAUUACAACAACAAAAAACCACAACAUCGAUUAAUUAUGUUUCUACUGUUGUUCAAAUUGUAGUUCCAGUAACUAUAGCUGGUGUAACACUAUUACUUGGUUUUGGUCUAAUUACUUAUGCUCUCAUAACAGGUGACAAUCGUAUAUUUUUCCUAACACGUACUAAUUGA